GAAGUGUGAAAUGCUCCUGCAGCCCCACCAAUCGGGAAAGAGCGCGUAAGGAAAGCAUAUUUCACAGUUGAAGCAUACUUUGCAUACAUUGUCAGUAAAAAAUUGGAAAAUUCAAACGAGACAAAUCAUGAUAGGAAGAAAUACAAACACCAGAGGCAUUGCAGCUGCUCGGCCUCUAGCUGUUCCCGGUGGGCGGUAUCAGAUGUCGCGGCCGCAGGGCGGCAACCCAGGCGGUGCUGCUAAUAUGCCCCACGCGAAGGCACAGAAGUCAGACUGUCGUGACGAGCAAGACGAUGAUUAUUAUGAUGGCGACGACCGUGAACAAAGCAGUGGGGUAGACGAAAAGGAUAAUGCUAUGAACGCAGAGAAGGAAAAUCUUCCCCCGCGCCCCACCCGUCAUGUCGCUUCUCAGCACAAGACAGACCUUCUUCCUCCCCUUCCCCAGCUCAAGAGACAUACAACGCUUCCCGCCCCUGCUCCUCAACACAAGAACCAAUCGGAACUUCUUCCUCCUGUUCCCCAGCUUAGAAAACAUACAACUCGUGCCGCCCCUGUUCCUCAGCCCAAGAAGCAGUCAAGUCUUCCAUCUCUUCCUCAGCAAAAGAAACAGAAAACGGCUGCACAGCAGAAGCCAGUUGCGAACCCGGUCAGCAACUUUGUGCUUCCUAAAUUGGUGCUGCCCGACACGCCGAGGGCUGAAGAGCUGAUCGAGCAGAUUCAUUACUCAGCGAGAUACUAUUGUGAUACCUUUGAGUAUAGGCAUGUUAUUUUGCCCAAAGCGUUGUACGAAAUGGUCCCCGCGACCCACAAACGUCGUCUGCUGAGUGAAAAUGAAUGGCGUGCGAUUGGAAUUCAGCAGUCGGUUGGAUGGGUACAUUACAUGCUGCACAAUCCGGAACCGCACAUAUUUGCUUUUCGACGCGAAAAAUACUACCAAGAGAAGCUUCAAGGACAGCAUCAACCGUCGCAAGCUACACAGGAAGAUGUUCACGCCAAUGGAAGCACUGCGAAGGAGGAAGGAGAGGAAGAUAGCUGGGACGAGGACGAAGAAGAACUAGGGGAAAGCGAUGUAGAGGAAGAAGAAGAAUAUGAAAGGGAGGACAUUGAUGAACAACAGCUAUGUAUUACUGAUACAACAAGCGACGAGGAGGUCGACCAGAGAGGGGAGAUCAAUGGAGGAAAGUUAUAUCUUUCUGAUUCUGAUUUGCCAACUUCGGAGGUUGAUGAAGGAAAGCAAUGUCUAUCUGAUCCUGAUUCCCCACCCCCGGAAGCUAUGGCGGAGCAACGAAUGGAGGAAACAAGUACAGUCUCGCUGCAGGAUGGAGUUCGGCGGUCCACGCGAUUGGGAGGAAGUAGGCAAGCCCAAACAUCUCAAUCAGGCCGCCAACCAUCACAGUCUUGGGAGCCACAGUCUGGUGCACAACCAACUGCAACGCUCCGGCAGCAUGGAAGAGUAGAGGCUGCUACCGUGGACUUGCCAAGGCCCCCUGCUGAGCGGCGCUCAUCACGUCGUGCCUGAAACUAUGUCAGAUAUGAUUUUGGGGGGAUAUAUAUUCCCAACGGUUAUUUAGGGUGUGUACAGCGAGGUAGCCGAUGCUGUAACUCGGAUACAUGUAUUAUAGCAGCCAGCACUUAUUAUGAACGAUGAACAUGAAAACGGGUCUGAUAUAUGCGAUUGGACAA